AUGGAAAACCCGCUUCCAAUUCAACUACAGACAAGGCUCCUUUUGGUUUUGUGGACAGAAUUUCUUACUUUUUACUAUGACGGUUAUCUGUUCCAGACAGCUCUGGCAGCUUGGAGAGCCACGGGUUUGACGCAGCCGAUAUGUGAGAGUCGCCAAAAGACAGCGAAGUUUCGUGUCUUUAAAGACAUGAUGAACAAGUCUUAUGGGCGACCGUAUUUUACGUGUGCAAGUUGGGAGAAUCCUUGCUCCUUAUGGAUGUGGGCAGACGAGAAAGAAAUCGAGAAACCCAACUGCUAUCACAACGAACUGUGUGCCGUGAAGCGAGUCAAGAAACAAGGUCCCAAUACAGGUAAAAAGUUGUUCUGUUGCUGCAACGAAAACCAGUGUGAUUAUUUUGAAUGGAGUCCUGAGGAAUUGCCAAAACAGCCUGACACCAUGGCGCCUUUCGUACCACUGUUUGACAGUCGUUAUUAUCCAGAGAUGCUCAGCAGAACUGAAACAAUUACAUAA